AUGGAAGCGUUCCUAAAGAAACUCGAGAUCGAAAGUGAAGGCGGCCCUGAGCCAAACCGGUGGAUCAACAAUGAUAUCAAGCCUAUCGAGGAGGGUCGUCGCACCUGGGGCUUUUGGACUUUUCAUAACUUCUGGGUGCUUGUCAACUCUAAUAUAUCGGCUUACAUGACUGGAAGUUCUCUGAUCGCGUUAGGACUGACAUGGUGGCAAGCGAUUAUCGCCAUUGUCGUCGGGCAAAUUAUUUCCACGAUCUUGGUGGUGCUCAACUCUCUUCCUGGGGCAUACUACUGCUUGGGGUUCCCGGUGGUGAAUCGAUAUGUGUGGGGAAUGUACGGAAGUCAGUUUGUGAUCUGGAAUCGUAUUCUGCUCUCGAUCGUCUGGUACGGCUUCCAAGCCUGGAUCGGCGGCGAAUGCGUCUACGUCUGCCUGCAAGCAAUAUGGCCAAACCUCGAAGAGCGGAUCCCAAACACACUCGCCGCCUCAACAGGCACGACAACUGCAACAUUUGUCUCAUACAUCAUUUUCAUGAUCAUCUCGCUCCCAAUAAUCUACAUCCGACCAUUCAAGCUGAAAUAUCUAUUCUACGGAUCCUCCGUAACAAUCCUUGUCUUCGAAAGUGUCCUUCUAAUUUGGUCCCUCGCAACAAUGGGUCCCGGUGGCUUCGGACCAACUAUGUCCAAUGCGGGCAGUAGCACGCCAGGCUGGAAUAUUGCAUUUGGUAUUAUCAGUACUAUUGGCUCCAUUGCGGCUGGUAUCCUGAACCAGAAUGAUUAUGCGCGCUUUGCCCGCAAGCCGAGGGAUGCUAUCCUGGGGCAAGUCAUUAGUUUUCCCUUUUAUGCAAUUGUUUGUUGUGUUAUCGGGAUUUUGGUUACUGCUGCUACCCAGGAACGGUAUGGUGAGGCGAAGUGGAAUCUGCCGACGCUUUUAGGUGCAAUUAUUGAGAAUGGAGGGUCGAGAUCUAGGGCCGCUGCCUUCUUUGGUGGUGCUGCGCUGGUUAUUUCGCAGAUUGGAGUUAAUGUGCCUGGAAACGCGUUGGCUGGGGGCUUCGACUUGGCAGCUACAUUCCCCCGAUACAUCAACAUCCGCCGCGGCGCCUACAUCACAGCCGCCAUAUCAGUCGCCUGUAACCCAUGGAAGCUAGUCAACACGGCAACGACAUUCUUAGCGGUUCUCAGCAGCUACUCAGUAUUCCUGGGCCCGAUGACAGGUCUCAUGAUCUCAUCAUACUUCAUCGUCCACCGGCGUAAGAUCAAAGUCGACGAUCUCUUCAUCGGAGAUAGCUCAAGUAUCUACUGGUAUACAUGUGGGCUAAACUGGCGCGCUAUUGUCGCAUGGAUCUGCGGUACUGUCCCAUCGUUGCCUGGCUUCAUCGCUUAUGUUAGUUCUGGCAUAACUGUACCGAUCGGCCUAAUGCAUUUGUAUUACAUUUGCUUCUUGUCUGGCCUGGUUAUUAGUGCUGCCAUUUACUGUGGGCUGCAUUAUGUCUUCCCCGUGCUGGCGAUUAGGGACUUUGUGGAGAAUGCGCCUCCUGCUAAGUUGUUGAUGCGCGAGUAUAGGGAGCGCUGGGAUCGGGGUGAUGAAGUUGAGACUGUUUUUACGGAGACACCCAAGAUCUAA